UGUCCCAGAAGCAUACUCAUUAGUCUUAUCAGUACCCAUUCCUGAUUAAUCUUUCCUAUAGCUGGGCAAUCAGACUGCUCGAAGAGUAGUCUCACCAAUGGUUUAUAUAGUUGUAACAUGGCACCCCAUCUCCUCUCCUCGAUGCCCUUAACUGAUGCCACAUACCUUCUUCACCACCCUGUGCCUCCACUUUCAGGGAACUGUGUACCAAUACCCGCAGGGCUCUCUGUUCAACAACAUCCUCCAAGGCGCUUACACUUGCUGUACAAGUCCUUCUCUGGGGGUUUAACUUACUAAAGGAUAACACUCCUUACUUGUUUGGGUCAAACUUCGUCUGAGAUUCCCUGUUCCACUUCCUCAGUUGAUGUAGACCCCAUUGUAAUCUUUAAAACAAACCUUCUUCACCAUCCACUAUACAAUCAAGUUUUGUGUCAUCCAUAAACUUAGCAACUAUGUUAAAACAUUGUCUUCCAAAUCAUUGAGAUAGAUAACUAACAACAGUGGCCCCAGCACUGAUCCCUGGGCAUUCCACUGGUCAUGGGCCUCCAAUCUGAAAAGCACUAUUCCACUACCAACUUUCACCAGGUCAAUUUUGUAUCCAAUUGGCUACCUCAACCUGGGUCCCAUGCGAUCUAAUAGCUUACCAAGUGGGACCUUGUCAAAGGCGUUACACAUGUCCACUGUGCUGCCCUUAUCAAUCCUCUUUUUCACCUCUUCAAAAAACUCGAGCAUACCUGUGAGACUUGAUUUCCAAUGCACAAAGCCUUGCAUUAUACCCCUAGCUCCCAAUUGCUAGUACAUCCAGUCGCUCACGUUCCAAGACAUCACUAUUUGUUUCCCUUAAUCCAUCGCUUCCAUGAUCUUCAUGGUAAAUUCAGAUGAAAAUAGUCAUUUAUAACGAUAACUCCAGUUGUACUGCACGUGUCAUUGCAGGAGGAGAGGGGUUUGUAGGAGGAGCUGUUUGUAAUGUAGGAGGAUGCCUGAGCUGGGGGGGGGUAUGACUUCCGCAUUCUGUUGGCGCAGGUUCGAGCUCUAUCUGAAAACGUACCCAGUCGAAACCAAAUAUCGCUUGGAUUCUACAGGCAUUUUGAGGUCAAUCCACGUCCUCAGUGAAGCGAACCGAGCUUGGAUGGAGCUGCAGAAGUUGAUCCGAAUGGUGAAGCUGUUCCAGAAGAUGCUGAGGACUCCAUCAAUCCGUAAACUGUUUGAAAGCUACCUGCAGGACGAAAUCUACAAUGAUGAGGAAAAUUUGGCCACAUAUCGUGUUGUAUCCACGGUGCCCUCCCUGGUCAACACGUCCGUCGGCCGUUUAUCUGAUUAUGCUGAUGAGAGUGAGAUGGCCCAAGUAAAGAAGCGAGUUGUGUGCAACCGGUCUAUCCUUAUCAACUACUUAGUGAAUGACCUGCACUUCUGCAUGGAAAUCCAGCAGUAA